AUGUCUGGAAAAUCAUCACCACCUCGUCGGGACAAAUCGGAGAAGAAGAAGAACAUUCCGGUGGAUAUUCCGGCGAAAAUCACUAUGUUUGCUGUUCAAGAUGAAUUAUUGACGACAAGGCAUGAGAUCCUCAAGGAGGAUCAUGAGAGUCUGAAACAAGAUUACGCUAGUCUCGAGGUAAGGUUUAAGCAUGUAGAAGAAAUGAAUGAGAUUAUGAAAUCGCAUCUUGAGAACCAACUUAAGGAACCCGAGGCGAAAAAUCAACGCUUGCUUAAGGAUAUUGAGACUGAGAAAGAGGAGAAGAAGAAAAUCGUUGAGGAGAUUAAGAGAAUGGAGGAUGAGUUGAAGAUGAAGAACGAGGAGCUCUUGAUUUUGAAAGAAGAAGCAGAGACAGAUCAUAAGAAGAUGGAAGAUAAGUAUAAUGAAUUAGUUGAGAGAUUUGGCGCGAUUGUAAAGGAUUGUUCAUACUUGAAAUCACUAUGUGAUGAUGAGAAUCUAACCAAUCAAGAACUGAACAAUGUGGUCGGUCAAGAACGGAACAAUGUGGCUGAGAAGGUAAUCGGUCGAGGAGGGAACAAUGUGGCUGAUGACAAUGAUGUGAUUAUGGUGGAUGAGUAUCGUAAUGGGAACAAUGUGGCUGAUGACAAUGAGGUGAUUAUGGUGGAUGAGUAUCGUAAUGUGAACAAUACUGUGACAGAUACGAUUGUGAUCAGCGAUGGGAGUGAUACCGAGUAUGAUAAUCCACCAAGAGAGAGUAACAUAACCCCUCAAAUGCAUGUUGGUGUCAAACAAGAAGAACAAUGGAGCAAUGGAGCAAACUCAUCACAAGUCGGGGAAUGA